AGGCAGCAGCGGCGGCGGCAAUAGCGCCCCGAACCCGCAACGCUGCACUCUCCGCGCGCCACCAGCCCCGACGGCAUGGCCCGCAGCCCGCGCUCCGAGCGCCCCCAACCCCGCUGAUUGCUGCCCCGGACCUGGACCCGCGCUCAGGGCCCCAAGCCGCAGGAAUGAGCCGAGUGGAGUAGUGAUUGCCGUUUGGGAAUGCGGGUGUGAAGGGUCCGAGCUGCCGCCCAGCGGGGAGGAGACCCCGGGACGCCGGAAAUCACCAUCCUGAAGCUACAAGAAAAGGGGAAAGAGCAUUCUUCAUUCAGUUUUGUGCCUUGUGAGGGAUUUAUAUUUGUAAUCGCUAUUUUUUACAAAAGAAACAUCGCCGUGCUACUGUCUGUCACCGUCUUUGGGGAAUCAACCAGAACCACCGGAACGUAACUGAACCAAGAGAGAGAGAGGCAGGAGCCGAGUCAGUACCUGCAGCGCCCGGGCACCGGAGACCUUGGAACCAGAACGCGUCUCGGGAGGCCGCGGGGCUGCGGCUCCACCAAACUUUGGGGAGGGCAGGGGCGCCAAGAGGCUUCGUAGACAGAGGGCGGCCCCCUAACCAUGAUGUUUCGCGACCAGGUCGGGGUGCUGGCGGGCUGGUUUAAGGGCUGGAACGAGUGCGAGCAGACUGUUGCGCUGCUGUCGUUGCUCAAGCGCGUGAGCCAGACCCAGGCCCGCUUCCUCCAGCUUUGCCUGGAGCACUCGCUGGCCGACUGCGCCGAGCUGCAUGUCCUGGAAGGAGAGGCCAACAGCCCGGGAAUCAUUAACCAAUGGCAACAGGAAUCCAAGGAUAAAGUGAUUUCCCUUCUGUUAACUCACCUGCCUUUGCUGAAGCCAGGAAACCUCGACGCAAAAGUAGAGUAUAUGAAACUGCUGCCCAAGAUCCUGGCGCACUCUAUCGAACACAACCAGCACAUUGAGGAGAGCAGACAGCUGCUGUCCUAUGCUUUGAUCCACCCGGCCACUUCUUUAGAAGACCGAAGUGCUCUCGCCAUGUGGCUGAAUCAUUUGGAGGACCGUACAUCUACCAGCUUUGGCAGCCAGAACCGAGGCCGCUCGGACUCUGUGGAUUAUGGACAGACGCACUACUAUCACCAAAGACAGAACUCAGACGACAGGCUCAAUGGGUGGCAGAACUCUCGGGAUUCUGGGAUUUGCAUCAGCGCCUCCAACUGGCAGGACAAAAGCCUGGGCUGUGAGAAUGGCCACGCGCCCCUCUACUCUUCAUCAUCCGUCCCUGCCACAAUUAACACGAUUGGAACCAGCACAAGUACGAUUCUCUCAGGCCAGGCACACCACAGCCCUUUGAAACGAUCUGUUUCCCUUACCCCACCCAUGAAUGUGCCAAACCAGCCUCUAGGACAUGGAUGGAUGUCUCAUGAGGACUUACGAGCUAGAGGACCCCAGUGCCUCCCAUCCGAUCAUGCCCCCCUGUCUCCACAAAGCAGUGUAGCCUCUUCAGGAAGUGGUGGGAGUGAACACUUAGAAGAUCAGACCACUGCUCGUAACACAUUCCAAGAAGAAGGUAGUGGUAUGAAAGAUGUUCCAGCUUGGUUGAAAAGCCUCCGCCUGCACAAAUACGCUGCUCUGUUCUCGCAGAUGACUUACGAGGAGAUGAUGGCCCUCACUGAGUGUCAACUGGAGGCUCAGAAUGUUACCAAAGGCGCAAGACACAAAAUUGUAAUCAGUAUUCAGAAGCUCAAAGAAAGACAAAAUCUCCUGAAGUCUUUGGAGAGGGACGUCAUCGAAGGGGGCAGCCUGCGCAUCCCGCUCCAGGAGCUGCAUCAGAUGAUCCUGACACCCAUCAAGGCCUACAGCUCUCCCACUACCACUCCGGAGGCGCGCCGCCACGAGCCUUCACUGAUGGGCCCUGAGAACCCCAGCACCGACGGCAAAGAUGGUGCCGCCGCAGGGGCCAACAGCGUCACCGCCAGUGCUUCAGCCGGCGCCAGCGGGGGGCUGCAACCACCCCAGCUCAGCAGCUGCGAUGGGGAGCUGGCUGUCGCCCCUCUGCCGGAGGGGGACCUCCCGGGGCAGUUCACAAGAGUCAUGGGGAAAGUGUGCACACAGCUCCUGGUCUCCAGACCCGAUGAGGAAAAUAUAAGUUCCUACCUACAGCUUUUAGACAAGUGUCUCGUUCAUGAGGCAUUUACAGAGACACAGAAAAAAAGAUUGUUGUCAUGGAAACAGCAGGUGCAGAAGCUCUUUCGGUCUUUCCCUCGGAAAACCCUUCUAGACAUAUCAGGAUAUCGACAGCAAAGAAAUCGUGGCUUUGGGCAGUCCAACUCUCUCCCGACAGCCAGCUCUGUGGGCGGCGGCAUGGGCAGACGGAACCCACGACAGUACCAGAUUGCCUCUCGGAAUGUCCCUUCAGCUCGCCUUGGUCUCUUGGGCACCAGUGGAUUUGUUAGCUCCAACCAGCGCCACACCGCUGCUAACCCCACCGUCAUGAAACAAGGAAGACAGAACCUCUGGUUUGCCAACCCUGGGGGCAGCAACAGCAUGCCCAGCCGGACCCACAGCUCUGUCCAGAAGACCCGCUCGCUGCCCGUGCACACUUCCCCACGAAACAUGCUGCUGUUCCAGCAACCAGAAUUCCAGCUUCCUGUGACUGAACCUGACAUCAACAACAGGCUGGAGUCCUUGUGCCUCAGUAUGACGGAGCAUGCCCUGGGAGACGGGGUUGACCGGACCUCCACAAUCUAGAAACUGAAGAUGAGAGUGACCGCGCUGGCCGUGAAAUCGACUGCUGCGGGCCCAGUGUCAGCCAUCUUCAGGGUUGCAGAGAAUCUUCCAAGACACUUUGCAGCCUUUUUCCCCUGGUCCCUCGCCCAUUUUGAUUUUGUGAGAGCGUAGGUCAUCCUUGUAAACGUAUCAGUAGACCUGGGGUUGGUCACGUUGUCAUUUGUUUCUGUCACGGGA